AUGGCGUCAGCAAACUUCUUCUCCCUCUUGGGGGGAGACGAUGUAGAGGAUCCGGGAGUCUUCUUGGCUCGCGCUGAGGAGGAACAAGCCAAGAAAGCAGCAGCAGCUCCUAAGAAAGAUUCCAAGCCUGCCGCUAAGCCAGCAGCCGCCGUGAAGGCCACACCUGCUGCGCCAGCCGCCGGUCGCGGAGCCGGCGCAGGAAGAGGAGGCGGAGGUCGUGGUGGAGGCGGUCGCGGAGGCGGACGGGGGGGAUCGUUCCCCGCGGAGGGGGGGCAGGAUGGCGGACAGCCGUACAGGAACCGGCAGAUGCGCGGAGAGGACGGCGAGGUGUCCGGCGGCGGUGGUGGAAUCCGCAGCGGUGGUGGCGGCGGCGGCGGCGGCGGCGGUGGUGGCUAUGGCGGUCGCGGUCGUUCCGGCGGAGGUUCCCGAGGAGGCGACGGGGGGCGGAGGGCGCCUCGUCGGGAAUUCGACAGGCACAGCGGCACUGGCCGUGGCCACGAAAUGAAGCGCGACGGUGCCGGACGAGGCAACUGGGGCCGAGCCGACGAGGUGCCGCAAACGGGCGAGCAGGAGGAGGCGGGAGAGGAAGGGGAGGCCAAGCAGGCCAACGGAACGGCGGAGGGAGAGGCUGCUGCUGCUGAGGGCGACGCUGCUGCGGGGGAGGCUGCUGCUGAGGCUGCCCCUGCCGAGGAGGAGGACAAGGAGAUGACCCUGGAGGAGUACGAGAAGGUGCGCGAGGAGAAGCGCAAGGCGCUGGCGGCGAGCCGCACGGCGGAGGCGCGCAAGGUGGAGGUGGACCCGGAGAUGGCGGCCAUGGCGGUGCACAAGAAGAAGGACGUCGACGAGAGCGACGCCGUCUUCGUGAAACUCGGCGCUGACAAGGCUGUGAAGAAGCGCGAGAAGACGGACGAUGAAGACAGGCCUAAGACUGUCAACAUCAACGAUUUCCUGAAGCCAACGGACGGCAGCACCUUCACCCCCCGGCGCUCAGGCGGCCGCGGUGGUGGCAGGGGGCGUGGCGGAGGACGGGGGGGACGCGGGGGGCAGCAGCAGCAGCAGCAAGCAGUGGAGAUCGCAGAUCAGACCCAGUUCCCCUCCCUCGGGGCCGCUUGA